AUGCGUCGUGACAACAACAAUACUAGCCUGUGCAUUGACUACUCUAAUGUGGCCGGAUACUGGAAAGCAAUAGUUGAUUCGCCUAGAGAGGAGUCUGAAAGCAGUUCUGAUAAAGCGCAAACAACGGACCAGUGCCAUAUCAGCGGGGAAGACUACGAGGAAGGCUUCGGCGCUUUCGUUGCAGGUACCCUUGAUGCUUCUAUCUACUACGAGGCAAGUGGCUUCAUGACGGUAGAUGGCACAACUGACUUGACGUACGGUAUCGCUGGCAUUGGUGACAUCGAUAUGUCGAAAUCUGGAGAGGGAAACCCCGCCACGAGCGAGGGGGAAAAGACUAUAUUGGAAGGAAACACAGCCAGUGCUGGCAAAGGGCGCAAUUUUGUGACCUUCAGUCCGUACUACAAGACUGCUUAUCAAAUAGCUACAUUGAAUGGAAGUUCCGAGUCGGACUGGUGCCAUGCAGCCACGCCUUUCAAUAGGAAACUCAGUACUCGCGUCAUCUUGGAUCUUGGAAACCUCACAGCAUACUUUCUCCCACAAUCAGAGGACAAAAUUUCAGAAGAGAUAAAAAGCCGCAAAGCGAACAAGAUAUCUACCGGUGAAGGCAAUGCUAUAUACAGCACUUCAGGAGAUGGAGGUGUAAUCUUCCUUUCGACCUUCAUACGGUUUGGGAUGGACGUGGAAUUUUCUAUUUGGUUCCCACCGUUGAGACCAUAG